AUUACAGAGACUGUUUAUAACUUUCACUCUCACUGCGACACACAACUGGAAUGUUUCUCCUUACAAAUACCAAGAGACUAAACAAUUACAAGGACAUACCAUCUAAACUGUAAAUUCUAAGCGCAGCUGUUAAAAGUGAAGGUUGUAAAGUUGAUCAAAGUUUAUUGACUGUAUUUUAGCUUCUGGAUAAUCUACAAUGGCAACUCCUGCUUCUGUCCAUGAGCUGCUGCUGGACACUCUGGAUAGCUUGAUCUCAAGCGAGCUGAAGAGAUUUCAGUAUCUACUGACUAAGAACAUGUUAGAUGGCUGGUUUCCUAUUCCUAAGAGCCGUCUGGAGAACGCUGACAGGGAGGACACCGUGGAGAAGAUGGUCAGCGCCUACAGCCAUGAAGGAGCAGUGAAGAUCUCACUGACGAUCCUGAGGAAGAUGGGCCAGAAUGAUCUUGCUAUGAAGCUGGAGAGAGGCACUCUAGAAGAGGUGCCAGCACUGAAAAAGACUGCGUCUCAUCAAAAGGAAGAACUGAAAUCCAAUUUAGAGAGUCUUCGAAAGAAUCAAGAAACGUACAAAAGCAUGGAGGUCCACAUUAAGAAGCAACGUGCGGACGCAGAGAGGCAGAUGAGGGAGCAGUUUGAAAAGUUCCACCAGUUUCUGCGAGAGGAAGAAGAGGCCAGACUGGUUGCGCUCAGGGAGGAAGAGGAGCAGAAGGGCAGGGCUAUUGCCAGCGAGAUGGAGAGAAUUCUCAAGCAGAUCUCUUCUCUUGAACAGGACCUGCAGAAAGACGACCGCACAUUCCCUGUGAGCUACAAAUACAUCCAGAACAGCACAUUGCCGGGUACACAGCAGGUCUCAGGGGUGCUUAUCGACAUGGCCAAACACCUGGGAAACCUGCAGUUCAGAGUGUGGGAGAAGAUGAAGGAGAUAGUCCAAUUCACUCCUGUGAUUCUGAACCCCAACACUGCAAACCGCUGGCUCUCUGUGUCUGAUAAUCUGACCAGUGUGAGAUUUAAUAACAUAGGUCAGCAAAUCACUGACAACCCAGAGAGGUUCACACAGUAUGCCAAGAUUCUGGGCUCCGAGGGCUUCAGCUCAGGGAAGCACAUCUGGGAGGUGGAGGUGGGGGACCAUCCUGAGUGGAACCUGGGAGUAGCUAAAGAAACCAUUGAUAGGAAGGGGGAGAUUCUUGCUUCACCAGCUUAUGGAAUCUGGGCUAUACUGAACAGGAAUGGUGUGUAUCAAAGUGGAAAGGGUGAGCCCCUUGCUUUUGAGAAGCUGAAGAGGAUCCGAGUGCAGCUGGACUUCACCAGUGGGGAGGUGUCCUUCUAUGACCCCAAAGAUAUGACACACAUCUAUACUCAUAAAGACACGUUUGCUGAGAGACUGUACCCAUACUUUCUUGUUGGACUGGCUGGUAGUGCCAACAACCCUGAUAUACAUAUCUGCCAAUCAGAGGUGUCUCUGACAGUAAUGGCAUCUCAGUGAGGCAUGUGAUCACAUCUUACGAUUGAAACGUAUCAAAAUGAAUUCAAAGGCUAGAAUCUUGUGCAGAAAAAAAUACCAUUUGGGAUAAUGAUUUGAAAUAAUGCCUUGAACAGAACAGUCAUUUAAGAAAAUAAAUAAAUAAUAUAAUUUAUGCUUAGCUAAUCCCCCUAGAUCAAUUGUAACAGACUUACUUGUCAGCGCUGUCUCUCACCCCUCCUAUAGCACUUUGAGGUGGACACAUCAAAUGAUUUAACCUUUGCCUGGAUCGGAGGAUUGGACCACGUUCAGUGCCCAUGUAUUGUGUCACACCUUGCUGUACAGUAGGUUUGGGAAAUGUUAGAACAGAACCACUAAGGCCCUGUACACCACUCUGAUGUUCAACACAUUGGACGCAAUGGUUGUGAUUACAACUGAUCUCUGUUUUGAUACGACAUAGAGUUUGGGCUCGAUUCAAUCCGUAUAGCUGAAGUUCAGCGCUGUAGCGUGAUUGAGUAUUAAAGGCAAUGUUCCCGUGUUCACGGAGACUGCAUUCAAGUCAAACGCUGCACAUGUUGGCUCAAUCGGGAAAUGACCUUAACAUUUUCAAGAACAGUAUAGUGUUGAAAUUCGGCAAUACAGACUGAAUUGAGCCUUUUUUUCUGUACAGAAAUCUUCACUCAACCAUUUUGUGGUGUCUUCACAAAGCUUGUGUUAUUGUCCCCCCCCCACAAAUUUUUUUUAUUGUAUGGGGCUUAAUUUUGAGGCUUUAAAGGGAUCUGCUUGUUCUCUGGUUAAAUAAAUAAAAUGUUCCCUACAGAACUGGGUGUGACUAUGGAGUGACAGGUCUAGAUUGGAUUACACUAGCUGGCACACAGGAGAACUCAACAAUUACAAUGCCAACAGAAAGCCUUGUUUCGUGAACGUGGGAGGGACAGUACUGUCAUUUGAUUCUAAUCACUCACCUCAUCUUCAAAUUCACUUCAUUUCAAUUGGAGAGGUCAUUUUUUUUAUAUCGUUGUUUCCUCGAUAGGUGAGAAAUGCUGUAAUGUUGCAAAUUAUGAAAACAAAUUUUAUUCUAAAAUAAUCUGUUAUUCUAAAAGAAUCUGUUAUUCUAAAAUAAUCUGUUAAAUCCUGGGAAAUGUAAACUGGAAACAAAACUGAAACUUAUGUAGUACAUAUACCAGAUACUCCAUAUAAUAUCAUGCUACAGGUAACAAUAUCCUACAUGUGUUUACACUCAGUGCUCUUCAGAAUCUUUGUACAGCAUCACUGCUCUUGUCUGAACGAUAUAUUGACUCAUGAUUGAAAUACAAUGUAAAUCUAUUUUUCUUUCAUCAAUAGCAUUUCAUUAAUGCUGCCUUUAAUGCCAAAUGUCAUUGAUGUAACUGCUAAUAAAUGCAUGAUGUAUUUUCUGUAAAAUGUCCCAAGUGUCAUUAGAUAUAAGAUUAUAAGAUUAAAGGUUCAAUGAUUUUACGGUA